GAUAACUACCCAACCCCCGUGCGGAAAAGAUAUUUUGGAACGAUACUUGGAGAUCCAGAAGUAGCUUUCUCAACGAGCUACAGCACAAACUGAUCACAGACGGAAACAAUCACAUCUCCGGAAGUGAAGAAGUCUAAAUCGGCGCAAGAUCGAUGAUCUGCGACUGUUUUUUUUAACGCCAGAAGUUGUCUGCUCGAUGAGAAGCUCGCACGGCCCUGCUUGACCAGCCUCGGACGACCAGGAGUCGCCAGAUCCACAGGUCAAAGAGUAAUUUAUCUUUUCAAUAGAUUCUAGCCAUGUGUGCAUUCAGUAGUUGGAGAUAAAGCUGCAGCAAAAGCCCUGUGUGGUUGUAAGGGGGGAGAGGGAGAGUAGCCUCGCCGGACUAGAGGAGGAGGAAAUCUGGGAGAGAGGGGGGAAGAGAAGCGGCGUCUCCGAGGAUGACUUUAGGGGCGGAUAUGUCCGACAGCUCUGCAUUGUCCGAAGAUGUGGACAUCGACGUGGUUGGGGGCGACAUAUCCGUUGGAAAGGACGGAAAGUACAUUCACCACGAGUUCAACUUGGACAAUGACUCGGACGAUAAUUACUCCCAAAACGCGGCAGAGAGGGUUUCUUCUCCCGGGCUCAGCAGCUCCGACUGCCCGUCAGACCAGAUGGGUUCCAGCGCGGAGGUCGGGACCGGGGAGAAAUCCCGAAAAGGCGCUCUCGUGAAGCCCCCUUACUCUUACAUCGCCCUGAUCACCAUGUCCAUCCUGCAAAGCCCCAAGAAGCGCCUCACUCUCAGCGAGAUCUGCGAGUUCAUCAGCAGCAGAUUCCCUUACUAUCGGGAGAAAUUCCCCGCGUGGCAGAACUCAAUCCGCCACAAUCUUUCCUUAAACGACUGCUUCGUGAAAAUCCCCCGAGAGCCCGGCAACCCCGGGAAGGGCAACUACUGGACUCUCGACCCGGAUUCCGCAGACAUGUUCGACAACGGGAGCUUCUUGCGGAGGAGGAAGCGUUUCAAGAGGCACCAAACUAAUGAAAUCCUCCGGGAGACUGGUGGCUUUCUGCCUGGGUUUGGAUACGGCCCGUACGGAUACAACUAUGGACUUCAGCUGCAGAACUUCCAUGCAGCCCACAACCCGUAUCACCCGCACCACACAGGUGGCUCAUUCCCGUUCCCCAACGCCCCCUGCACCUUGCCCUCGUCAGCCUCCAUAUUCUCCGCGCCGCAUCACCUUCCCUCCCUGUUAGGGGCCGAUUUAAGAAAGCCUUUUUAUCCCCAACUAAGCCCGUCUCUGCCGCCUCUCAAGACGGACUCCAGCACCCCGAGUCGGCCCUCUUUCUCCAUUGACAAUAUCAUCGGUGCGGCCAACUCCACCGCCUCUUCCUACGGCGUGCAGCCGGGCAGCCAGGCUCAGAUCCUGGCCAUAUUAACCCCAGCGCUGGCCUCCGCUUCCAAUCAUUUGAGCCUAUCGCAGGACAGCAUAUUACAGGCCGGGUCACAGGGUCAGACUUUUUCCAGCAAAACCCCAAAUAUGAACACUUGUCCUUUCUAAAAAAAAAAAAAAAAAAAGAGUGAAAAUCUUUUAUUAUAAAGCCAAUUGUGGCUUCUUCCUGUGUGAAGGUAGGCUGUACAUUCUUGGUGAAAAAAAGAGAGUGUCCUGGCUCUCCCCAUUUCCUAUCAUUGUAAGAGGAGAGAGCUUUAUUUAUGGUGUGUAAAUACGUGUAUAGUAUUGAGAGACAAAUGCAAGAAGGGUCUUUUUAAACAGUGCUGACCUGCAAUCUGGCGCGUGGCCUCCAUUUGUCAGUGGAAGACAAAAAAAAAAGAUCCUGUUAUUUUUAACAUAAGUUAAAAGGUGUCACCUAUGGCUACGGGGAUGAUUUCUUUUUAAAUAGUUGAGCAUUUUAUUAUGACCUGCAUUGUUUUUAUUUCGUGCGUUGUGAGAAAAUGGCACUGUUGUUGUUGACAUAGGCUGACAGAGACGGCAAACUCAGGUUUUACUUAGAAAGCACACGGAGACAAAGGGGGGCUUCUGACACAAGAAUAAGCAUUUCCCACUAUCACUCCCUCCUCCAAUGAAUCUCCUCUACAUGGUGAAUUUGUGACAAUGUCAUUUCAUGUCGUCAGUGGACACGUAGGCUAUGUGGUUUUGGUAUAAAAGAGCGCAUUACCUCUCUCAACUUUUUAAGUGUUGUCCGUUCUUAUCUAUUUCACAUUUUUACUCUGUGAAACAUACAGUAUGUCAUGUGUUGCCAAUAGAGAGAAGGAGACAGAGAGAGA